AUGAAGCAAGUCAUUGUCACGAGUCUUUCCUUGCUGGCGACGGCCAUGGCGCAGCAGGUCGGCACAGAGACCCCUGAGACACAUCCUCCCCUGACCUGGAAGGACUGCUCAUCCGGCACAUGCAGCGAUGUUCAGGGCUCCGUCGUCGUUGACGCCAACUGGCGUUGGGUCCACGAAGUUGGCGGCUACGAGAACUGCUACGACGGCAACGACUGGACCGGUCUCUGCACUGGCGCCGACGACUGCGCGAAGAACUGCGCGGUCGAGGGUGAGAACUAUGCGACGACAUAUGGCAUCACAACAAGUGGCAACGCCUUGCGCCUUAACUUUGUGACUGAGCAUCAGUACGGCACAAACGUCGGGUCUAGGACCUACCUACUUCAGGAUGAUGAAACGUACCAGAUGUUCACACUGCUGAACAACGAGUUCUCGUUCACCGUUGACCUGUCGACGGUCGAGUGUGGCAUCAAUAGCGCGCUCUACUUUGUGCCCAUGAAGCCUGAUGGCGGCAAGAGCGACGAGCCGAACAACGCUGCAGGCGCCAAGUACGGUGUCGGUUACUGCGACUCCCAGUGCGCGCGGGACCUGAAGUUUGUCAACGGCAAGGGAAACAUUGAGGGCUGGACCCCUUCUGCAACCGAUCCCGCCUCUGGUGUUGGCAAUCUUGGUGCUUGCUGCGCUGAGAUUGAUGUCUGGGAGUCGAACGCCUGGUCGUACGCCUUGACGCCCCAUGGUUGCGAGGACAACAACUACCACGUCUGCGGCGAUGGUGCCAUUGAGUGCGGCGGCACGUACUCGGAAGAUCGCUUCGCUGGCAAGUGUGAUGCCAAUGGCUGCGACUACAACCCUUACCGUCUCGGCAACCCCGAGUUCUACGGCAAGAACAAGGUCGUCAACACCAAUGAGCCCUUCACCGUUGUGACUCGAUUCUCUCCCAAUGAGCUGUCGACGACAUUCAUCCAGAACGAUGAAGUCAUUGUGGUCCCGGUGCCCAACUCGGAGGGCGUCCCCAGCGACAGCAACACGGUCAACCCGGAGUACUGUACAGCCUACAACAUUGCGUGGGACGAGCGUGACAGGCAGGCCGAGAUUGGCGGCUUCGGCGCCCUCAACAGCGCCCUCGCCCUGCCCAUGGUUGUCGUUCUGUCCAUCUGGGCCGAUCACUACGCCAACAUGCUUUGGCUCGACUCGAUCUACCCGCCCGAGGACCCCACCAAGCCCGGCGCGGCCCGCGGCGCGUGCCCCACGGACUCUGGUGUCCCCUCGGCCGUCAUUGCGCAGAACCCGAGCGCGCACGUCGUCUGGUCCGACAUUCGCUACGGCCCUAUCGGCUCGACCUACGACAUUCCUGCUUAA